CGGCGCCGCUGUGCGCAGGCGCAGCCGUCGGUGGGUCGGGGUUCGGUCGCCAGAGAGAUCCGGAAAACCCCCAGGGCAAGGCGUCUUCCCUUCUCAACAUGGAUAAUAAAAAGCGCCUGGCCUAUGCCAUCAUCCGGUUCCUGCACGACCAGCUGCGGCACGGGGGGCUCUCUUCCGACGCCCAGGAGAGUCUGGAAGUUGCCAUCCAGUGCCUGGAGACUGCUUUUGGGGUGACAGUGGAAGACCGUGACCUCGCACUUCCCCAGACUCUUCCAGAAAUAUUUGAAGCAGCUGCCACGGGCAAGGAGAUGCCACAGGACCUGAGGAGCCCCGAGCAAACCCCGCCGUCAGAGGAGGACUCCGCCGAGGCAGAACGCCUCAAGACCGAAGGAAAUGAGCAGAUGAAAGUAGAAAACUUCGAAGCUGCUGUCCACUUCUAUGGCAAAGCCAUUGAGCUCAACCCAGCCAACGCCGUCUACUUCUGCAACAGAGCCGCUGCCUACAGCAAGCUGGGGAACUACGCCGGGGCCGUGCAGGACUGCGAACGCGCCAUCUGCAUAGACCCGACCUACAGCAAGGCUUACGGCAGGAUGGGCCUGGCGCUCUCCAGUCUGAACAAGCACACAGAGGCGGUGGCCUACUACAAGAAGGCCUUGGAGCUGGAUCCCGACAACGAGACGUACAAGUCCAACCUCAAGAUCGCCGAACUGAAGCUGAGGGAGGCGCCGAGCCCAACAGGUGGCGUUGGCAGCUUUGACAUCGCUGGCCUGCUGAACAACCCAGGCUUCAUGAGCAUGGCGUCAAACCUUAUGAACAAUCCCCAAGUUCAACAACUCAUGUCCGGGAUGAUCUCAGGUGGCCACAACCCCCUGGGGACUCCAGGCACCAGCCCCUCGCAGAAUGACCUGGCUAGUCUCAUCCAGGCGGGCCAGCAGUUUGCCCAGCAGAUGCAGCAGCAGAACCCAGAGUUGAUAGAACAGCUCCGGAGUCAGAUGCGGAGUCGGACCCCCAGUGCCAGCAAUGAGGACCAGCAGGAAUGACUGCGCAUCUGUCCCUGCGCCGUCGGGUCUUCCCCAGCCAACUGGAAGCCUCACGAUUGCUGUUCUCUCCCAUUGGACUGCCCAAGAGAAAAAAAGAAAUUGGACCUGCAUGUUAAGCCAGAUUUUUAUUAUUUUUAUGUUUUCCUUUUACCACCCCUUCCCUUUUUGUACUCCCGGGGCUCCCAGACCCUUCUCAAAACAGAGCCAGCAAGUGUGAGUGUAGACCAGCACCCCUGGGCCCCCCAGAGACCCUGGCACUAAAGUCUCUUUCUGGGAUGGGACAGUCCCUGGGCCACUCUGCAAAACGGCAGGCCUUAUGCCCGCCGCCCCAUGACCUCCCGGUUUGUCUUCAGGGGCCUCUGGGGCCGUGAGUGGCUUUGUGCGUCGACCCAUCACUUUCCCGCGCCGCCAAGCUCACUGCCAGCCAGUCUGGGCACCGGGUCUGCCCAGGCUCUUGGAUCUUGGAUUUUGCAUGAGGAACUCUUAGUUGCAGAUUCCUUCCAGACAGUUCUGUUCCCUGUGCCCUGGUGGGGUAGGACACCCUGGGAACACAGGACCAGCCUCUGUGACUUUCCUUCCAUCGUUCUGAACUCCGACACCCUUCCCUGUGUUCACAACAGGCCUCCGGCUUGAUGGUGACCUGGCCUGGCCCCCUGAGUCCAUGCUAGCCUGUCUGUCCUGCCAGCCUGGCUUGUCCAGGCCUUGGAGGGCUCUCCCUCCUGUCCAGGUGCCACUCGCCUCCACCUGAGUUGCCAUGCAGCCACCAGGGCUGCCUCCGGGGGGGCAGGCGCACCAGCUGGCAGCUGAGCAGCCUGCUCGGAUGGCCCCUCACUCCUGGCCCCCUCACCCCUCUGGUUUCGGCAGCCAGGACAUUGGAGGCUCCCUGAUGGGCUUCACCUAUCUGAGGUAGAUCCGCUUCAUGUGUGUGUCAGUGGCCAGUAGGAAGAAGGGCCACCGCCAGCCACCGCCGUCCCUCAUCCACCCAGGAAGGCGCGUCCUGACUUGAGUGCUAGUGUGGCGAUGAGUGUAAUAUGCGGGGAAUAAAAUGCGUGACCUCUGCUGACUCUGCAUGGACCUCAGUGCUGCCCACCCCCUGCCCUGCCGCAGGUGCCCAGAACCUGCAGCCUGGCGUCCACAGACGGGCUGGGCUCUGUGGCCGCUGGACAUGUCGUGUGUGACAGUGCGACUGUAAACGCUUCCUGUGCCAGAGUUCUCAGGUGGUUCUAGAAACAGCAAAUAUGGGCUUGGCCUGUGUCCAUAACUUCCCAGGUAUAAAGGAUGACCAGGAGAUGGCCAGACACAAAUUUCUGGGGGCAAAGCAGUAGGGUCAUCGUGCAAGGCUUCCAGUGUGUUCUCAGCACAUGGACUGUCCAUUCUGGAGUCCAAAGGGCCUCCGCCAUAGAAGGCUUCCAGCGUGAGCUCUCACAGGAGAGCGCUUCUAUGUGCAUUUCACAGGGCAGGGGACUGAGCUUUGUUACCCAGUGCGCCCUCAGCUGGUAGAGCCCACUCCCGGUGCAGAAAGCGCACCUGCCGAGGACCGGCCUCCGAAGAUGGCCUGUGCCAUCCACUCACCAGAGAAUGCUCAGAGUUCAGGGCCUCUCCCCAGGGCGCUCAGCCCAGGAGGUGCGUGGGAGUGCGAGAGGCACUGGCCUGCCUGACAGAGCGGUAGGGUCUCCGCAGGGCUCAGCUGCAGCUCUGCCCCGGCAUGUGAGCCUUCUCUGGGGCAUUUGUGGUUUUCAAAAAUGAGGGGUGCUCCAGGCAUCCAGUGAGGUCAGGGGUGCUACUCGAGACCUCACAGUCUUCAGGGCAGCCUUCGCAGAAAGUGGCCCGGCCCAGACCCCAUCCUUGGUUAUCUCAAGCAGAAGAGCACAGCUGAGAAGGGCGUCGGGAGCUGGGGAAGGGCGUCGGGAGGCUGCUAGCCCCAUUUCUCACUUGGGGCAGUGUGAGCUGAGUGGCCCGCUGGUGGGCAAGCAAAUGAGGUGGCCCAGGGCCAGGCUGCCCGGAUGGGUGAUGAGCAGUGCAGGAGUAGUAGGCAGCGCUGGCUUCUAAGGGCUUCCCAGGGCCCCAGGGACUCCUGGGGAUCAGGAGGGUGGGAACCAAACAGUCGUGAAGCGGGUCUCCCAAGGAAUUCUCCCCACACAGUUCACUCACAGUCCAAGACAAGUGUGGAUGUGGUGUAGGCAUUCUGCGGAGAAGCAGAACUGACGGGGGUGUAGUUGGAAACUCGUUCCGAGGGAUGGGCUCACUUGUCACGGGGACUGGAGUUCCAAGGUCUGUGGCCUGGAAGCGGAGGCCAGAGGGCAGUCCCGGCCUAAGUCAGAGGCCCAAGAGUCGGGAGGACCAUGGCACCGCUCCUGUCUCAGGGAAGUAGGCGUGAGACCCCGAGCACCCUGGAGUCCAGAGGCAGGAAGAGCACCCCAGUGCUCCAGCUUAAGCCAGGCAGAAGCUGGUUUCCUCUGCAGCCCUUUGGUUCCAUCUGGGCCUUUGGCUAACAGGACAAGGCCCACCUCAUCUGGGGAACGGCCUGCUUUGUGUAGCCUGCAGUCCCAGCACCAGCCGUAUCCACAAACACUCAGGUACACCCAGGGUGUUUGACCAAGUGUCUGAGCACCCAGUGACACUGUCGAGGCGACAAAAUGUAUCGUCACAGGUGGUAAGAGUAAUCUGAUGACUUUAGGGGAAGCUGUUCGGGGUGGGGGCAGGUUAAGGGGGGCAGGGUGUGUCUCCAUGCCGACUGGCCAUCAUACCCAAAGUUUCAUGUUAUUUUUAGUUGAAGUGACAUGCAAAGGGUAAAAAAGUCAUAAGAAUAAAUAGGAGAAGUAAAUUGCACUCAGAGGCAGACACUGCUAGACCUACUAUCCUAAAAGUUUCUGUGCACAGUUAAUAUUUUGAACAAAAAUAGAAACCUAGUGCAAGCCCAGUCGUGUGUGACUCUUUUUUACGUCUUCAGCUCACACAGUGGGAGGGAUUGUGCAUGGCCUUACCACCAGGAGGUGGGCAUGCCUGGCUAGCGUGUCUCUGCGGGGCUCACAGGCUGGAACUUAAGACGAGGUUCUGUCCGUCUUAGCUUCUGCCAAGCGGAAGGGGCCUGUCCUGUCGAUGUUCUAAGACGGAGGAGCGGGUGUGAGUCACAGGUGCCUGGGUCCGGCCGGAGUCUCUUUGGUCUCCAGUGAAUCCCCACCCCAAGCCUCCACAUGGCUCCAAUGUCCGUGGCUUCAUUCUCAUGGGAACUCUUCCAAAAUGUUCCCUGGUGCCAGGGAACAAAUCCUGUGUCCUUUGAGUCUUCAGUUAGACUGGUCUGGUGGUCCCCAGUUCAGAAGGGAGGGUUAGGACCCCUCUCUCCCCCCUGCUCCGAUCCGCACAUUGAAAUUACCCAAGGAUACUGCUUCCCGCCAACAUAGGUUCUGCCUUAUGUGAGUUCUGCCUUAUGUGAGUAGGGUGGUCAUGGUCAGCAGGAGGGAUACUGCUUCCUGCCAACAUAGGUUCUGCCUUAUGUGAGUAGGGUGGCCAUGGUCAGCAGGAGACGGGGCUACCUGGUGCAUGCGACUGGCGUUGAACAGCUUAAGCAGCGCAGGUGACCCCGGUGCACCUGCUGCAGAGCCCGCUUCGAGAGGCCGUGAAUGUGAGCAGCAUUCCAGCAGCAUUCUGCAUGUGCUGGUUAGACCGCAGGGGACCUUUGUUCCCGCCUAUCCUGUUUGUUCAUCCUGAACAACCUCUCCCAAUCGUACCCCAACCCCAGCACAAGUGUUCAGGAAAGGCCAAGAGCCCCUUGGCAGUGGGAAAAGUAGAAGUAGCUGCCAACGUCUCAUCUCCAAGCCCAAGGAUAUUCUCUAAAUAUCUUGAGAGGUGUGUAAAGGAUAAUUACCACUUGAUCCCCCACAAAUUAGAAAUAGGAUAUUUCUGAACAUACCUGUCAGCAGUGCACUGAGCCAAAAAAUGUCUGUUAAAUAUGGAAUUAGGUUAAGUCGUGACUUGGAAAUGCUUCCAGGAGUAGGUUGAGUCCUAAGAUUUAAGGCAGUUUCUGCUGCUGUAGAUAAGGUUAGGAAGUUUGUUUUCUCUAUCUCCACACCCUUGGCACAUAGUUCCUGAGCACUAGGCUGCAAUCCCACCCAAAUUUAGUCCCAGGAAGCAACAAGAAACAGUAUGUCUCUUUCACAGAAGCGACUGCUCAUCUUCGCUCCUCAGAGGACAAUAGCUGAUGAUCUGGGGACAUCAGUGAUUGUCACAUUGGAAAUGCUUCUGGCAUCAAGUGGGUAGGGCAAGGGAUGUCACUGGACACGCCACAGCACCCAAGGUGGACCCCCACAGAGUAUGGUCCAGGCAGAUGUCAGGAGUAUUACCACUCUAGUAUUCCCACUACUCUGCCAGCCCUAGGUAAAUGUGUCAAAUGUAAAUUUCCCAAGCCAUAUAAAUUGCCACCAGCAAAAACAAUUCAUGUGCUAUACAUAGCAAAGGUUUUAUGCCAUCCUGGGUAACUUGGUGGCUUCCUCAGCACUUCCCAUCAAUCGCACCUUCCAAGAAAAGCUUAUUUGCCAAGAGUUGAGCAAAGCCCUUUCCGCCUGAUCCCCACCAUCUACCCCUGGAGAGAAGUUGAGGUGAUUGGUAGCUCACUCGGCCACCAGGUGGUGCACUGGUGCCUCCAGCCUCGUAGAGUGAAGGGAAUGGCCAGAAAUAAGGUUCCAGCUAAUCGUGAAAGCUCUUGGGCUGAACCUGAAACCGUCCAAGUCCUGGAGAUCAACGCUGUGCUCCUUUUGAAAUGACGGGCCCUCCCAACCAGGGACGUUCUGGUGGGCAUUUGUGUUACAAGGGGGCCACGAUCCCACAUUGCCUAUGCAAAACGGCCGAGAAUAUGAAUCUAUUCAAUGUGAAGUUGGAGAGUCCAGACCACAAAUUCUGCCCAGUUCUUUUGUAAGCUCAUGUAGACCUAUCUCUCAUUAUUGUACUUACAUGUUUUAUCAAAGUGUAAGGUACAAACACAAAAGCCCUAAAUAAAAAUUAGAAUCGAUUUAGAAAGCUAGGUACCCAAGCUGGUGCUUGCUGGCUGUGGGAACCCAGCCUGCUUGUUAGCAAGCAGGUGGCCUGCAGGGGCCAGGCCUGCUUGUCACUAGUGAUGGGAAGGACCCUCUUGGCUGUUCUCUUCAACUAUCACAGUAGUUUGGCUACUACCUGUAGGUGGUGCAGCAGAUUCUUAUCAGGGCUUUGCCCUGGGGUCUAGUAGUGUGGAGGGUGGCUUCCAAGAUGCCGCCCACUCACUGGGGGUGACACUGACCUCAGGUUAUUCAUGAGUUAUUCAUUCAUUCUUUGCCUCCCAGUCCUCCACAAUAAGGCUGGUGACUGGGGUUCCUUUUCCAAAGCACAAGCAUUGCUCAGACUGGUGUUAUUGCUUUAAGUCAUAGGGAAAAUGAGUCUGUUCAAGAGCCUAUUGAGGGUUGGUUCUUAGUCUGUACCUUUUCUUCCAAUUGCCUGCUCUCACUUCCCCUCUAGUCGUCAGUGCAGGGUUAUUCUGGAUCAUAAGGUUGGGGUGCUGGGUAUUAAGUCCCAUACAUUAGGAAUGUCCCAAUUGUAUAUCACUGUUCCUGCAAAUAGUUUCUUCCUUGGCAAGUACAUCUCUGUCUUGCCCAUCCCUCUGGGUGUUACCUGUUUAUCCUUUGUAGUGGAAGCUCUAAUUAUUGAGUUUCAGGUCUGCGGUAUGGUUUAGUCUAGAUUUGUUGUGUUCAGGUGAGGAGAUAAGCACAAGUUUCCCCAGUCCACCUUCUUGGUCCUACUUCUCCCUUAAAACAAUGGAAAGUUACACCUUACCCCCAUCCUGAUC